AAUUAAUUGCAAUGGUAAUGGUAGGUAGAAAAGUAGAAGUGAGGAGAGAGAAAGGAGAGUGGCCGGCCAUAGAUGAUGAUGUUCAAUUGGAGAAAAGCUUAAGCGAAUCAUAUGCUUUGGUGACUCUGCAAUAACUUUCAUCUUUCUCGUGGAUUUUGGGACGGGAGAGUAAUCAAUCGGAGGAUUACCUGCAUCAAUUUUGUGACUUCGUUUUCUGAUUCAAAUAUUGAAUUGAAGCAGCUGAAAUCGGAGGAAGAGGAGAGCAGUCUUGAAUAGUGUUUUAUAUUUGAGUUUUUUUAAGGGUUGGGUUGUGGGUGGUAACUGGAUAAGCUAGAAGGAAGGAGAGAAUGAAAUCUAGCAGAAGAAAGAAGCUGAAUUUUAGCAAGAUCUACUCAUUCAGAUGUGGUGGGAAGGCGUCUUUUGUGGAUCAACAUUCACAGAUUGGUAGCCCUGGGUUCAGCAGGGUGGUUUAUUGUAAUGAGCCAGAUGAAGCAGAUAUUAGAAAUUACCCUGAUAACCAUGUGAGCACUACAAAGUACACAUUCGCCACUUUCUUACCCAAAUCCCUCUUUGAGCAGUUCAGGAGGAUAGCCAAUUUUUACUUUCUUGUUAUUGGUAUUUUGGCUUUUACUCCUCUUGCUCCUUAUAAUGCUGGAAGUGCCAUUAUCCCUCUAACCAUUGUCAUUGGCAUCAGUAUGAUGAAGGAAGGCAUUGAAGAUUGGCGCCGAAAACAGCAGGACAUUGAAGUGAAUAAUAGAAAGGUUAAAGCACACAAAGGGAAUGGUGUAUUUCAGCAUACUGAAUGGAAGAAUCUGAGAGUUGGGGAUGUAGUGAAAGUAGACAAGGAUGAUUUUUUUCCUGCAGACCUUCUUUUGCUCUCUUCUUGCUAUGAUGAUGCUAUUUGCUAUGUCGAAACGAUGAACUUAGAUGGGGAGACAAAUCUGAAGUUAAAACAAGGUUUGGAGGCAACCUCAUUUUUAAAUGAUGAUUCUUUCUUCCGAGAUUUCAUGGCUGUUGUGAAAUGUGAGGACCCGAAUGCUAACUUGUAUUCGUUUGUUGGAAGCAUUGAAUUCGAGGAACAACAACAUCCUCUUACCCAACAACAGCUUCUCCUUAGAGAUUCCAAGCUCCGAAACACUGAUUACAUAUAUGGGGUUGUCGUCUUCACAGGUUACGAUACAAAAGUUAUACAGAACUCGACUCCUCCUCCUUCAAAGAGGAGCCGGAGUGAGAAAAAAAUGGAUAUAAUAAUCUGCUUCUUGUUUGUUAUGUUAUCUAUAAUGGCAUCGGUUGGGUCAAUUUACUUUGGGAUAACAACCAUGAAUGACUUGAAAAACGGAAAAUUGAAAAGAUGGUAUUUAAGACCCGAUGAUGCUACAGUUUUCUUUGAUCCAAAAUUGGCGAUUUAUGCUGGGAUGUUUCAUUUCCUGACGGCUCUUAUGUUGUACAAUUACUUCAUUCCGCUUUCUCUUUAUGUAUCUAUCGAGAUGGUCAAAGUUAUUCAAAUCAUCUUCAUCAAUAAAGAUAUUCACAUGUACUAUGAAGAAGCUGAUAAACCAGCAGUUGCUCGAACCUCGAAUUUGAAUGAGGAGCUUGGUCAGGUUGACACUAUACUUUCAGACAAAACCGGAACUUUAACUUGCAAUUUGAUGGAGUUUGUAAAGUGUUCUGUCGCAGGGACAGCCUAUGGCUGCGGACUGACAGAAGUUGAGUAUGCAGCCAUGACUGAUUCAAAAUCAGCUGUCAAAGGCUUUAACUUUAAUGAUGAAAGGAUCAUGAAUGGGAAUUGGGUUAAAGAACCUCGUUCAGAUGUCAUUCAGAAGUUUCUUAAUUUAUUGGCGGUUUGUCAUACUGUCAUACCUGAUGUGGACGAGGACAAUGCAAGGAUCUCAUACGAAGCUGAGUCGCCUGAUGAGGCAGCCUUUGUCAUUGCAGCCAGGGAACUUGGCUUUGAGUUUUUCAAAAGAACACAAACGGCUGUCUCUUUGCGUGAGCUGGAUCCUUCAUCUGGUCAAAAAGUUGAUAGAGAGUAUAAACUUUUGAAUGUGUUGGAGUUUAGCAGCUCUAGGAAGAGAAUGUCGGUGAUUAUACAAGAUGAGAAAGGACAGCUAAUAUUACUUAGUAAAGGUGCAGACAGUGUCAUGUUUGAAAGGCUUGCAGAAGAUGGAAGAGAAUUUGAAAAAGACACCAGAAAACAUGUAAAUGAAUAUGCUGAUGCAGGCUUGAGGACUCUCAUACUUGCUUACCGUGGACUAACCGAGGUAGAAUAUGAAGAGUUUAACAAAAAAUUCACAGUAGCCAAGAACUCUGUCAGUGCAGAUCGUGAGGCUUUGAUUGACGAAGUAGUUGAGACCAUAGAGAAAGAUUUAAUUCUUCUUGGGGCAACCGCCGUGGAGGACAAACUCCAAUAUGGGGUUCCUGAGUGUGUAGACAAGCUUUCUCGAGCAGGAAUAAAGAUUUGGGUUUUGACAGGCGAUAAGAUGGAGACUGCCAUUAAUAUAGGCUAUGCUUGUCGUCUGCUUAGAAAUGAGAUGAAACAAAUCAUAAUAAGUUUGGAGUCACCAGAAAUCAAAAUGCUGGAGAAAGCAGGUGAUAAGAAUGCAAUUACUAAGGCUUCGAAGGAAUAUGUUCUCCAUCAGAUAACAGAAGGAAUGGCUAAGGUUACAGAAUCAAGCUCCGUGGCUUUUGCUUUAAUAAUCGAUGGAAAUUCAUUAGUAUAUGCUCUAGGAGAUGACUUGAAAAUGACAUUUCUAGACCUUGCAAUCAAUUGUGCAUCCGUUAUAUGCUGCCGUUCAUCUCCAAAACAGAAGGCAUUAGUGACCAGACUUGUCAAGCUUGGGACAGGAAAGACAACAUUGGCGAUCGGUGAUGGUGCUAACGAUGUUGGGAUGCUUCAGGAAGCCGAUAUUGGGAUUGGUAUUAGUGGAGCCGAAGGAAUGCAGGCAGUCAUGUCGAGCGACUUCGCAAUUGCUCAAUUCAGAUAUUUGGAACGUCUGCUUCUGGUGCAUGGACAUUGGUGUUACAGAAGGAUCUCUUCAAUGAUAUGCUACUUCUUCUACAAAAACAUCACAUUUGGUUUCACUGUCUACUUAUACGAAUCUCACGCCUCUUUCUCCGGGAAAGCAGCAUACAAUGAUUGGUUUUUGUCCUUUUAUAGCAUCUUCUUCACCUCGCUUCCUGUCAUUGGCUUGGCGAUUUUUGACCAGGACGUUUCUGCUCAUUAUUGUCUCAAGUUCCCUUUACUAUACCAAGAAGGUGUGCAAAACAUCCUAUUCAGCUGGCGUCGUAUUCUAGGUUGGAUGUUGAACGGACUUUGCAGCUCAGUGAUCAUCUUCUUCUUCUGCACGACAGCACUAAAUCCUCAAGCUUUUAAUAAUGGCGGGAUGAUCUCAGAUUUACAGAUAUUAGGGGCAACAAUGUACACCUGUGUAGUCUGGGUAGUUAACUGUCAAAUGGCGAUUUCUCUUAACUACAUUACUUUGCCUCAACACAUCUUCAUAUGGGGAGCCAUCAGUUUUUGGUAUCAAUUCAUGUUAGUUUACGGAACUGUUCCUCCUAUUCAUUCCACCACCGCCUACAAAGUGUUUGUCGAGAGCCUCGCUCCUGCCCCGUUUUUCUACGUGGUAACGCCCUUGGUGGUGAUAUCGGCUUUGAUGCCUUAUAUUUCGUAUUCGACGGUUCAGAUGUGGUUUUUCCCAAUGUAUCAUCAGAAGUUACAAUGGUUGAGGUUUAUGGGUCAACUGGAUCUGGAUGAGACACAAGAAGAUGCAGUUUCGUUGAAUAGUUAUUCUUCUGAUGUAUAUACGGAUACAGAGCUGCUGCAGCAGCAAACAGAAAACCUGCAUAAAGAUUCGGAUACUUUGUUGAACACUCUUCAUGGUUAACUCCUUGUUUGACCCAUGGUUAUUCAGGUAUAAAUAUAUAAUGAAUAGAUUAUUAUUAUUAUUUGAAAAUGGUAUUUUGGUUGAUGUUUUGAGCUGUUGAAUUAGAAAAUUGACAAGAAUUGGGUGA